AACUGCCUCAUUCUGCGGAGGACGGACCACUGCCGACCAUUGUUGUUUCAAGAACCCCCAUAAUCCUCCUUUCAUGGUUAUGGCCUUUCACUCUCCAGGGUCUUUGGGAGAUGUGCCGAUCUUCAAUAUAUAAUGGCUGAGGGCAUGUCAGUUGUUCCGUAUAGCUCAUCAAACGACGUGGUGCUACGCCAUAACGACUCUAUUGUCAUCUUCGAUCGCGAUUCGCAGCAGCUAGUCAUUCAAAAUGCGGCCGAACGCGAAGAUGACGAACCCCAAUGUCCGUACUGUCGCCGCCCGCUGCGGGGAGAUAACUCCCAAGACAACCACCAUGCCGGAGCACAACCGGAAUUCGUCAAUCCUGAGUACUUUCGCAUGCUCCGCAACAGCCUUCCUCCUGCCUCCGUAGAAUCGACCACACCCCUGUCGCGACGCUACGGUCAACCCGCCCUUGCGGACGGCCCUUCUAGCGGAUCCAGUUACUCUCACGCGCAUAGCGGCCACGGAAUUUCGUCAGCUGCAUUUACACCGGACUACUUUAAAAGGUUUUUCGUGGAAGAGAGGGUACUAGGCAAAGGAGGUAAAGGCGUGGUGUUAUUAGUGAAGCACAUGUUGGAUGGCGUGUCUCUGGGGCAUUAUGCUUGUAAACGAGUGCCUGUCGGAGAUGACCACGAGUGGCUUGAAAAGGUUUUGAUCGAAGUCCAACUUCUGCAGCACCUUUCUCACCAGAACCUUGUCUCGUAUAGGCAUGUUUGGCUUGAGAAUGCAAAAAUUACCACGUUUGGACCAAGUGUUCCUUGCGCAUUCAUUCUCCAACAAUAUUGCAAUGCGGGCGAUUUGCACAACUAUAUCUGCGGCUCCGUACAGACUUCCACGACCCCCCAGGAAUUGAAGGAGCGUCUUAGGAGGAGAUCGAAAGGUGGUGCCGAACCUCCUGUCAACUUGAGGGAACCACGCAGAUUACACUUCGACGAGAUAUACUCAUUCUUCAAAGACAUUACGUCAGGGUUGCGAUACCUUCAUGCUAGCGGCUAUAUCCAUCGCGAUCUAAAACCCAACAACUGUCUAUUGCACAAGACAAGUGAUGGAAUUCGAGUCCUAGUCAGCGACUUCGGUGAAGUUCAACCCCAGGACGCUAUUCGGAUGUCUACCGGCGCGACAGGAACCGUGUCGUACUGUGCCCCGGAAGUAUUGCGGCGAGAGUUUCCCAACGGUCCUUUUGCCAAUUUCACGUUCAAAUCAGAUAUAUUCUCUCUCGGCAUGAUAUUGUAUUUCUUGUGUUUCGCCCAACUUCCGUAUCGAAACGCCGAUCUUAUUCACGAGGAAAGGGAGGACCUCGAGAAGCUCCGUGAAGAGAUAAUGGAUUGGGAUGGGUUUGACCAAAGACAAAUACGCCCUGACUUGCCCGAACAACUUUAUACUUUUUUAUGGCGUCUGCUGUCCGUGGAUCCUGAUCUGCGUCCAUCGGCAGAUGAGGUCCUCAGCGGUCUUGAAGUUGGAGCUAGUGCAAAUGAGAGCUUUCGCACGAAACGCGGCAGCAGUAGCUCUUCUGCCCCUGACAUGCACAGUGGCUCCAGGAUUCAUCCUCUCGAUGAUACGGCUGAGUCGCCAUUUCACCAACCCGCAUCUCCGAGGAGGUCAUUUUCGAGGAGCCCUGUCGCUGUACGGCGCAACUCAGUAUACGAAUCGAACGGUUCUGUCGGGGACCUUACCCCCGUUAUCGAAGACGUGGACCGCGCUGUAGAAAGAAGAGGCUCGCUCAGCCCGGAACGUGACCUGAUUGUGCGCCCGCGCUUCUCUGAUACACCUUCCGUCUCCCCACCUAGGAAUGAAACCCGGCAGGUCGGUCCGACAAACGACGACGCUCCUGUUCGGCUGCUGCCCCCGCCACCAAGCCAGAUCUCUCUUGCACCGCGUCUCUCGAGAUGGCGCCCAUCAUUGUUUGCUAUUCAGCUGACAUUGUUCCUUGUCAAGAUUGCGAUGGCUCUCCAACCUUGUACUCCGUUGGCUGUCAACCCCUGGGUGCUUUACUUUUUGAUCCUGGUAGCCGGAGUCAACCUACGGAUGGCCAGUGUUGGGGUACAAGUAGCAUCCCUAGUAUUGCAUCUUAUUGUUGUUGUACUAAGCUUGAAGUUGGAGAUUCUAUGUGCCCGGCCUGCUUCCACAACCGAGACAGUGUUUAGGAACGAAUUAUGAUGUACAUGCUGCCUAUGUUUAAUUAUUGAACAUACGAAUACGGAAGUAGCGAAUUUGAAAAUUAUACUUAUCAUCUUAUUGUAUUCUCUUCUCAGAAAGCAAUUAUCACCAAAACAGUACCCCGAAAUCUAUGGCCACAGAGCAUCCAGUUCUUCUUCACCCUGUACGCGUGGGCCCGAUUCAAGGCUCUGCCCCAGCGCCCGUCAGAAUCACAGUGCCCUGUUUCGAUCACCGUGAAGAUCGUGACCCAGUUAGCUAUACUGCCGGGCCCAGGGUACCAAUGAACAGCAAUUGGUGCCUUUUUUACGAAUAGUUGCUCUUUUUCGUAUUUAUUUAUUCUUUUUUUUAUUCUUGAACUUUUUUUGCCGUUUUCUUUUCGCCCCCUUGAAAAAAAUUUCUUUGUGGAGACCACCAACGGAAACCCUAUAUAUUCCGCAUGUCCGCUGGGUAUCAAAGCUAGGUUUACACAAUUUGCCG